AUGACUAGCAUUCCGCACAUCCCUAAUCACGGAGCACCCGAUGAUCAGCUCGCGACCAGAUUACUGAUACCAAUGGCCAAGAGAAUCGAGCCACGUCGGAUAAGGAAACCGCGCAACAAGACUCUAGAAGCUUGUCAGAACUGUAGAGAGAAACGCAUCAAGUGUGACGGCUGUAGACCUUGCCGUGGAUGCCGGAAUAAGAACAUUGAGUGCAGUCUCGCUGUCGCUCGAACUGACCAGAAUGACCACCUAGCUGAGUACGAUUCCCGGCUUUCUAGAUUGGAAGCACGCCAACAACUUUCAGAGCAAUCGUGGGGAACUGUUCGAGAAGUCUUGGGCGCCGCAAUUGGGAAGCCCUCGACACCGUCUAUAACGGAGCUCAAUCAGCAGACCGGAUGUCCAGAAUAUUAUGGCCGCACAUCGAACCUAACAUUGGCCACAUCUAUAAAUAAGCGACUUGGACAGCUGGACAAUAAUGGAUUAGCUACUCUACCACAACCCCGCGAUGAAUCCCUGAGCGUGAAUCCGAUCUCAAGAACAAGCGUCGGUCUGGCCAACCCUGAGAGGCUGGUCGAGGUGUGUGACUAUGUUGUACCACUUACCGCUUCUAACAGACGAUACCGAACGCUUCAAAGGGAUGUAGCUGAUAGGCACAUUGAGAGCUUUCUUACCACAAUCCAUAUAUACUUUCCGGUCUUUGACAUGUCAAGCUUUCGAGCGAAAUAUGCACGUUGGAGAGAAUUAUUUAGCAGCAACCGUCGCUUCGGACACCAUAACGACGAUCAGGUCCAACAGCAGUCAUUCUGCCUCCUCUAUGCUGUUCUUGCCCUUGGGGCGUUAUACUCCUCCGGCGAAGAGGACAGCUCAUCUUGGGCAGCUUGGUACUUUUCAGAGGCUCAGGAAAUCAUCGGACGUCUGUUCGAUGCCGUAAAUCUAGAGCUGGUACAGGCUGCAAUGUUUAUGGGAGCUUAUGCCCAGCACGUCAUCAAACCAAAUUUGGCGUAUAAUCUCAUCGGUCUUGCAACUCGAAUGGCAUUCUCGAUCGGAUUGAACAUAGCAGGUCAAGGUCAAAGUCCGAGUGGGACGUAUCUAGACGAGGCGAAACGUACCUGGUGCAUGGUUUAUGUGCAAGAGGUGGAGCUGAGCUUAGAUUCUGGGCGCCCGAUGUCCCUGAGGAGCUGCGACGCCAACGUUCCUUUCCUCUCUCAGAGAAUCGAAAACGAUGCCGCAUUGCUCGGAGACCUUGCCACUUCUAAAACGGUGUUCAUUAAGUAUCUUACUGGAAUUGCUCAGAUAACGAGGGAUAUUAUGACUUUCGUUAGUUACCAUAUCCAGGCCUUUGGUCCUCCUAGUCAUGAGUUCAGGGCGAGACUUGAUGGAUCGAAGACAACAAUCACCACCCCUCCAUUAAAGUGGGACCGAAUUGAUAGCUUCGAUAGCCAGUUGUUACAAUGGCGAGAGUCUCUCCCGAGUCACUUGCGAUUUCGAGACUAUCUUACAGACCAAAACUACUCGCCAGAAACACUUUCAAGUUGGACAUCUAGACAAAAGAGUAGCUUAAGAGUCCACUAUAACAUGGCAGUCAUGAUUUUGCACAGAACUUCCCUUCAGGAAGCGGAGAAGACCACACGUGACAAGGUUUCCAUCGCAUCAGAAGCCAAAGGUGAGCAGGCGGCAAGCGACAUGGUCCGCCACAUUUACAGCUCCUUUAAGGCGGUCCCAGAUUUACGGAAAUGGACUUACUACUGCUUCUAUUGUCUGCAGGCCACGCUCACAUUGCUUAUAAAGCUCGUAGACGAGCCUUUACUAGAGAGUAACCUCAGCGUGGCUGAGCUGUGUGAGCUCAGUAUUGAUGUCUUUCAGCAGAUUGAUCUCAGGUCUGCAGACCAAUGCGCUAAGAUGCUCAACAGAAAGGACAUGCCGGUGCAGAACCCGUGGAGUCUAUGCCCGGUCCACUUAGAACUCCCGAUUCUAUUCCAACUCAAUUUGAAAGCGGGGAUUAUUACCAAGAUCCGGCCCCUAUGA